AUGUAAAACUUAGGUUAACAUAUAAAAAUAGUGGACCGAGACAAGAUUGAGAGCGUAGUCCGCUAGGACCGAUCCCUUUGCAAUGGCGGCUGGUGCGUCGUCGUCGGCGGUGGAGCCGUCGGUGGAGGAGCUGACGCUGACGGUGAAAUGGAGUGGCAAGGAGUACACCGUCAGGCUCUGCGGCGACGACACCAUCGGAGAGCUCAAGCGAAGCAUUUGCCAAGUCACGAAUGUGCUCCCCAAACGCCAGAAGCUUCUCUACCCUAAAAUCGGAUCCAAGCUCGCCGAUGACUCCGUCUUACUCUCUCAGCUCCCCCUCAAAUCUUCUCUCAAGAUGACCAUGAUAGGCACUGUUGAAGACGAAAUACUUGUGGAUGAAGUGGACUCUUCGGAGAUCAUUGAUGAUUUUGAUCUGGGGCAUGAUGAAGUUGUUGACAUUAAAGAUAACGAAGCCAAUAGGCAGAAAUUGAGAAGACGAAUAGAUCAAUACAAGAUUGCACUCCGGAAUCCAUGCCGUAAAGGGAAAAAGCUGCUGGUUUUGGAUAUCGAUUAUACCCUAUUUGAUCACCGGUCUACAGCGGAGAACCCGCUUGAACUUAUGCGGCCUUAUCUGCAUGAGUUCCUCACAGCAGCUUAUGCAGAGUAUGAUAUAAUUAUCUGGUCUGCUACCGGAAUGAAGUGGGUUGAAUUAAAAAUGGGACAACUUGGGGUCCUCAGCAAUCCUAACUACAAAAUUACAGCUCUGCUAGAUCAUUUAGCAAUGAUCACAGUUAAGUCGGAUUCUGGAGUCUACAACUGCAAACCACUAGGCUUAAUUUGGGCUCAAUUUCCAGAGUUUUAUAAUUCCAAGAACACAAUUAUGUUUGAUGAUCUCGGAAGAAAUUUCGUAAUGAACCCACAGAACGGGUUAACAAUAAGGCCAUUUAAGAAGGCCCAUGCGAAUCGAGAUAGUGAUCAGGAGCUUGUGAAGCUUACCCAGUACUUGCUUGCCAUUGCAGAACUUGAUGAUAUUAGCAUCCUUGAUCAUAAAUAUUGGGAGUCAUAUAAUGAGGACAAUUUCAAGAGGCGCAGACAUGCAUGAGUAACCUUGCUCGAUUCUUGAAAUUAUAAGAAUUAAUGUUUGUAUAAUGCUUAUGACUUGCAACAUCAAUGAAAUUUGUAAUAUUAACAAACAAACAAACAAACAAAAAAAUUCAAAUUGGUCAAAACAUGAAUUGCUAAAUUUAGUUGUAAUUGUAUUUGCAUUGUUGUUUUUAAUAUGAUAGAGAAAAUCUUGUAUCCAGUAUGAAUCAUAUUUCAUAAA